UUAAUUGAAUCAAACACCUGCAAAGUAGAAGAAAGCAAUCGAGCAGAGAAGAGCAAAGAAACUGCCUUGAUCGUGGAUGUAACAGAAGCCAGCUGCGGCGAUGGACUGGCACUCCUUCAGGAUAGCUGCCCUGCUGCUCACUUCCCUGGUGGUGCUUGAAGUUAACAGUGAAUUUCAAAUCCAGGUAAGAGAUCAUAACGCCAAAAAUGGUACCAUCAAGUGGCAUUCCAUCAGAAGGCAGAAACGAGAAUGGAUCAAGUUUGCUGCAGCCUGUCGAGAAGGUGAAGACAACUCAAAGAGAAACCCAAUUGCCAAAAUUCAUUCAGAUUGUGCUGCAAACCAACCAGUGACAUACCGCAUCUCGGGAGUGGGAAUUGACCAGCCACCUUAUGGAAUCUUCAUUAUUAACCAAAAAACUGGUGAAAUCAAUAUAACAUCCAUUGUUGAUCGUGAAGUCACCCCCUUUUUCAUUAUCUACUGCCGAGCACUGAAUGCACAAGGUCAAGACUUGGAGAAUCCACUGGAGCUUAGAGUCAGAGUGAUGGACAUAAACGACAACCCUCCUGUGUUUUCAAUGACUACAUUUCUAGGACAAAUAGAAGAAAACUCUAAUGCAAACACACUGGUAAUGAAACUCAAUGCUACCGAUGCUGAUGAGCCAAAUAACUUGAACUCAAUGAUAGCCUUCAAGAUCAUAAGACAGGAGCCUUCUGACUCACCAAUGUUCAUCAUCAACAGGAAAACUGGAGAAAUCAGAACAAUGAAUAACUUUCUAGACAGAGAGCAAUAUAGCCAGUAUUCCCUUGUGGUGAGAGGCUCAGACCGUGAUGGUGGAGCAGAUGGCUUGUAUGCAGAGAGCGAGUGCAGCAUCACCAUCCUCGAUGUCAAUGACAACAUCCCAUACUUGGAGCAGUCAUCUUAUGACAUCACAAUUGAAGAAAACGCACUUCACUCCCAGCUAGUGCAGAUCAGAGUCAUUGAUUUGGAUGAAGAAUUCUCAGACAACUGGAAGGCAAUCAUUUUCUUUAUCUCUGGAAAUGAGGGAAAUUGGUUUGAAAUAGAAAUGAAUGAAAGAACAAAUGUAGGAACUCUGAAGGUGGUCAAGCCCCUAGAUUAUGAAGCCGUGAAGAAUCUACAACUUAGUAUUGGUGUUCGAAAUGUAGCUGAAUUCCACCAGUCAAUUCUUUCUCAAUACAGACUCACAGCAACUAUGGUCACUGUGACUGUGUUAAAUGUCAUCGAGGGCUCUGUGUUCCGUCCAGGUUCAAAGACAUUUGUAGUAGACAGUAGAAUGGAAGCAAAUCACAGAGUGGGAGACUUUGUAGCUACAGACCUGGACACAGGUCGAGCUUCCACAAAUGUUAGAUAUGAAAUGGGAAAUAACCCAGAGAACCUGCUGGUUGUUGACUCAAGAACAGGCAUAAUAACGUUAAGAAACAGAGUUACUAUGGAACAAUACCAAAGGCUUAAUNNGNNAUAUNAAGGAACAGUGCUAUCAAUAGAUGAUUCCCUUCAGAGGACCUGCACGGGGACAAUCGUCAUUGAACUUAGUGGCACUGGCUGGGUAUCAGGUUCAGAUGGUGAUGGCAGUUCCAGUGGCAGUGGUGGUAAUCGUGACCCAGUGACUAAUGGAUAUCAAAGCACUUCCACUGUGGGCCCGCAACGUGUCACAGGAUCAGGGGGAGUCACCUUAAGUGGUGGAGGCAGCGGAGUUAACAACACUCCCGGUAGGCAAAAUCCCUUAGAGGAACCGGAACCGGAGCCCUUUGACAUCACAGAAGACAACGUUCACCUCGGUCCUGCAGGCAUCGGGCUGCUCAUCAUGGGGUUCCUAGUCUUAGGAUUGGUUCCAUUCCUGCUGAUCUGCUGUGAUUGUGGAGGGGCCCCUGGUGGUGGAGCUGGAUUUGAACCUGUUCCAGAAUGUUCUGAUGGAGCAAUUCACACGUGGGCCGUAGAAGGGCCACAGCCUGAACCCCACAAUGGGAUAACCACCAUCUGUGUGCCACAAAUGCCACCUGGUAAUGCCAAUGUUAUAGAAUAUAUUGACAACUCAGGAGUUUAUACAAAUGAAUAUUGUGGCAGAGAAAUGCAAGAUCUGGGAGGAGGAGAAAGAACCACAGGAUUUGAACUAAUGGAUGGAGUUAAAACAUCAGCUGCACCUGAGAUAUGCCAAGAAUAUUCAGGAACAUUAAGAAGAAAUUCAAUGAGAGAAUGUAGAGAUGGGGGUCUCAACAUGAAUUUCAUGGAAAGUUACUUCUGCCAGAAAGCCUANGCUUAUGCGGAUGAAGAUGAAGGACGUCCAUCCAAUGAUUGUUUGCUCAUCUAUGACAUCGAAGGUGUGGGUUCCCCUGCAGGCUCCGUGGGCUGUUGCAGUUUCAUUGGAGAAGAUCUAGAUGAGAGCUUCCUGGAUACNUUGGGGCCCAAGUUUAAGAAGUUGGCAGAUAUCAGCCUGGGAAAAGAAAUAGACUCAUACCCAGAUCCUGAUCCUUCUUGGCCUCCUCAGAGCACUGAACCGAUGUGUCCCCAAAGUACAGAGCCCCUGGGUAGUGGACACCCACCCAUCUCCCCACAUUUUGGCAGGACCACAGUAAUUUCUGAGAAUGUCUACCCUUCUGGCCCUGGAGUACAGCAUCCUAUGCCAAUUCCUGAUCCUCUGGGCUAUGGUAAUGUCACUGUAAGGGAGUCCUAUGCCACCUCUGGCACUCUGAAACCCUCUGUCCACUUUCAUGAUAACCAGCAGACUUCAAAUGUGGUGGUGACAGAGAGGGUGGUGGGCCCCGUCCCUGAUGCUGAUUUGCAUGGCAUGUUAGAGAUACCUGACUUAAGAGGUGGAGCAAAUGUUAUAGUGACAGAAAGGGUAAUAGCACCAGGCUCAAGUCUACCCACUUCUCUAGCCAUUCCUAACCCUCGAGAGACCUCGAAUGUAGUUGUGACAGAAAGAGUGAUCCGACCAACCUCGGGCAUGAUAGGCAACCUGAGCAUGCCCCCUGAGUUAUCAAGUGCCCACAACGUGACUGUGACAGAGAGAGUGGUUUCCGGUGCUGGUAUGAGUGGAAUUGCUGGCACUGCUGCGUUAGGUGGGGUUGGAGGCGUAGGCAGCAGUGGCAUUGUUAGCACCACCAUGGGUGAUGGUGGCACUGGGCUGAGCAUGGGAGGGACAGCCACUAUUGGCCACAUGAGGAGUGCCUCUGACCAUCACUUUAGUCAGACAGUUGGGUCUGCCUCCCCCAGCAUGGCUCGAAGUCGAAUCACAAAGUACAGUACGGUACAAUAUAGCAAGUAGUCAUGGCCCCAGAGUAUUGUUCACCACCAUCUCAGUGACUUACAUCCAACUCCUGCCCCCAAAUCUAACAGUGCAAUUUAUGAUGCAGAGCAGGCUAUGGGAGACCUGUGGAGUAAGG